CUUGUCUACGGAAUCUUUCUUACCCACCGUCGACACGCCGAUUUCCCCUUGCAAACUUGAUAUAAAGCCAUGUCUAUCGGUGUUCCUAUCAAGCUUCUGCACGAAGCCGAAGGUCACAUAAUCACCUUAGAGCUUAAGUCUGGCGCUAUCUACCGUGGCAAACUUCUGGAUGCUGAGGACAGCAUGAACGUUCAAUUGAAAGACAUCAUUGUAACGCAACGGGACGGUCGUCAAAGUCAAUUGGAACAAGUAUACGUCCGCGGAUCUCAAGUUCGAUUCUUCAUUGUACCGGAUAUGCUCAAAAAUGCUCCAAUGUUCAAGAGGAUAGGGCCAGGGGCAAAUAAAGGAAGAGGUAUAGGCUUGGGAAGGGGUAAAGCGACCGUGGCCAGGGCACAAGCUAGUCGAAGAGGCAGGGGUAGGGCUGGACCUCCUGGUAUGGGUGCUGGCAGAGGCGGUCCUGGUGCUCCUGGACGGGGCCGUGGAUAAGGGUGAUCCUGGAAAUGCCUUCAAGAUUGCAUUCCUAAUGUGUUUCUGUAUAUCAAGAGCUUUAGUCUUCUGUUUAAAAACAAUGACCGUUCAGCGUUGGUGGUUCCCAGAGACUGCUUUGAAU